CCUCCCCCCGGACAAUUUCUUGUGCAGCUUCCAGGGUCUCUUCCCGGGUUUUGGGAGGGGGGGCGUCGGCUCUGGGGCUCUCCUGGCCGAGAGCUGAGCACUCGCCUUCCCGGUGGCUGGGCCCGGGUCACGGCGACCAGGCCGGCGCCGCCUCCACCUUGGCUCGGUCUCGGCCUCCGCUACCUCCGACGGCUGUCACCAUGAAUCCGGACCUGCGCAGGGAGCGGGCCUCCGCCAGCUUCAACCCGGAGCUGCUCACGCACGUCCUGGACGGCAGCCCGGAGAACACCCGGCGCCGGCGAGAGAUCGAGAACCUGAUUCUGAACGACCCGGACUUCCAGCACGAGGACUUGAACUUCCUCACUCGCAGCCAGCGUUACGAGGUGGCUGUUAAGAAGAGUGCCAGCAUGGUGCAGAAGAUCAGGGAGUUUGGCAUCUCGGACCCUGAGGAAAUCACGUGGUUUAAAAAACUACAUGUGAUCAAUUUUGUGGAACCCAUGAACCUCAAUUUCUCCAUGUUUAUUCCCACCUUGCUGAAUCAGGGCACCACUGCUCAGCAAGAGAAAUGGCUGCGUCCCGCCAAAGAGCUCCAGAUAAUUGGCACCUACGCCCAGACGGAACUGGGCCACGGUACUCAUCUGCGAGGCUUGGAAACCACAGCCACUUAUGACCCCGAAACCCAGGAGUUCAUUCUCAAUAGUCCUACUGUGACCUCCAUCAAGUGGUGGCCUGGUGGCCUUGGAAAGACCUCAAAUCAUGCAAUAGUACUUGCCCAACUCUACACGAAGGGGAAAUGCUAUGGAUUACAUGCCUUCAUUGUACCUAUUCGUGAAAUUGGAACCCACAAGCCUUUGCCAGGCAUCACCGUUGGUGACAUUGGUCCCAAGUUUGGCUAUGACGAGAUGGAUAAUGGCUACCUGAAGAUGGACCAUUAUCGUAUCCCCAGAGAAAACAUGCUGAUGAAGUAUGCCCAGGUAAAGCCUGAUGGCACAUACGUGAAACCCGUGAGUAACAAGCUGACCUACGGGACCAUGGUGUUUAUCAGGUCCUUCCUCGUGGGAGAAGCUGCUCGGUGUCUGGCUAAGGCAUGCACCAUUGCCAUCCGCUACAGCGCUGUGAGGCACCAGUCUGAAAUCAAGCCUGGUGAACCAGAACCUCAGAUUCUGGAUUUUCAAACUCAGCAGUAUAAACUCUUUCCACUCCUGGCCACUGCCUAUGCCUUCCAUUUUGUGGGCGCGUACAUGAAGGAGACCUAUCAUCGGAUUAAUGAAGACAUUGGCCACGGCGACCUGAGUGAACUGCCUGAGCUCCAUGCCCUCACUGCCGGGCUGAAGGCUUUCACCUCCUGGACAACUAACACUGGCAUCGAAGCCUGCCGGAUGGCCUGCGGCGGGCAUGGCUACUCACACUGCAGUGGUCUUCCUAAUAUUUACGUCACUUUCACCCCCACCUGCACCUUCGAGGGAGAAAACACCGUCAUGAUGCUGCAGACCGCCCGGUUUCUGAUGAAAAGCUAUGACCAGGUGCACUCAGGAAAGUUGGUGUGUGGCAUGGUGUCCUACUUGAAUGACCUGCCCAGUCAGCGCAUCCAGCCACAGCAGGUGGCGGUGUGGCCGACCGUGGUGGACCUUGACAGCCCCGACAGCCUCGCGGAAGCCUAUCGGCUCCGCGCAGCCAGAUUAGUAGAAAUUGCUGCUAAAAACCUGCAAACUGAAGUGAGUCACAGGAAAAGCAAGGAGGUAGCCUGGAACCUGACUUCCGUUGACCUCGUGCGAGCAAGUGAGGCACAUUGCCACUAUGUGACGGUUAAGCUCUUUUCAGAGCAAGUCCUCAAAAUUCAAGAUAAAUCCAUCCAGGCUGUCUUGAGGAAUCUCUGUCUCUUAUAUUGUCUGUACGGAAUCAGUCAGAAGGCGGGGGAUUUUCUCCAGGAGAGCAUCCUGACAGACUCUCAGGUGACCCGAGUGCAUCAGCGCAUCAAGGAGCUCCUGACCGUGAUCCGCCCGGAUGCCGUCGCUCUGGUCGAUGCGUUUGAUUUCCAGGAUGUGUCACUGGGCUCCGUGCUGGGCCGCUAUGAUGGGAAUGUGUAUGAGAACUUGUUUGAGUGGGCCAAGAACUCUCCACUGAACAAAGCAGAGGUCCAUGAAUCUUUCUACAAGCACCUGAAGCCACUACAGUCCAAGCUCUGAAGGUCACAACAGCACAGUCCUCUACUGCACCUGUCACACAAAUCUGCACUGAAUCUUGAUCAAAUUCAGAGCGCUAUCGAGCAAAUGAUAAAUUGACCCCUUUCCUCUUUAUAAAUGAAGAAAACAAUGAACAGCUCUCAGAAAUUAAAUGGAAAAAAAAGUAUUUUAAGUGCAAUUAACACUAAGAGAGACCUGUGAAGCAUUCAGAAAACGCUUUAAGAAAUGCAGUCUGACUUCCCUCUGUAACGCUGCUAACCCCAGGCCAUCACUUUUGAUAAUUAGUAGAAUGUAACUACUAAGUAGUUGAUUUUUUCACAUCUUAAUUGCUAAUCACUGGAUAUAUGUGUUUUUAAGCAAAGGUAUUUUUUAAGUGAGGUAGAAACCUUCCGAGCUUUCCUGCUAAAUGCCCUACUGCUCCUGCCACCAACCCUGGCUUAAAAGCAGAACUGAAGAAAAUUGAUUGGGGAAAAUAAACUAAUCAGGAAACUUGUUGUGAGUCUGUGCUUGACACAUUUCCUGCCUGCUUGCCCUUGGUUGCUGAUGUAUUGUUUUUUUGUUCAUAGUAGCAUUUUUCCAACACAAGGAUUUCUUCGGCAAGAUUGUGGUCCUGUGUAACUGGAAGUUAAUCUUCCAUUUGAAGGAUCCCUAAAUUAUCACUGUAGUAGCGCUUUGUCCCCAACAACUUGGGAAGAGGUAGGUAGCAAAGUUAUCUCUACGUAGGACCUUUGUCAGCUGAUGGGACUUCAAUCUGUGGUGUUUGGUCUCCCUCCCCCCCUCUCCCUUAACCUCCUGAAAGAGAUGCUAAAGGAGGAAAGGUCACCAUUCCUUCCUGGUAGGAGGUGUAGGGAGGGCUCUUAGUUAUGGUUGCUGUAACUUUGGUGACCAUAUUAACUGGAUAGUCUGGAACAAUCCAGGUUUCAUAUGUGCUGUAAAAUGCUUGGAGGUCACAGUACCUGUCAUGACAAAAGUAAAAGCAUCACUCAGGUUACUUCUGACACCCAGGAGUAGCACAGAAAAAUCCUUUGUAAACCAUAUAUUCUGGUUUUUGGAUCAGAAAAUAGAAUCAUUGAAACUAUGGCUAAAGGACAAAUGGAAGUUGCAUAGAAUCUGUUUCUUAUUGUACAUCAGGCUUUAUUUUCAGUAUGUUUCUAGGACUGCUAAAUUGUCCUUUCAGCUAAAAUCUUAUCUGCACAAUCUUUCUAUAUUUAAAGGGUAAACAUGUACCUCUUAAUGAUUUUAUUCUUAAAGUCAACGUAAAACAAUACAUCAUUUUUUUUCUAACUGUAUCUGUGACAUCUGCCUCAGGAAACUGGUUCUAGAAUCAGUCUUGAGGAUGUGGUAUAAUUCAUGGAAAUGUAAUUACUAUCUGGGACCUGACAUAAAAUCUGUCCCAGUGGAACUGGUAACACGAUAAUUUAGGUCCAGCAGAAAUACUGUCUGUUGACAGAAGCCUUAAUCUUUCCACCAGGAGAGUUAAUUGAUAAUUGUGUUAAGAUGGAAGUAAAAAGCGUGGUGUUCAUCUCAUUUGGGUAUUUGACAGUAGUUCAGAUUCUGAGAAAUAACAAAGUAAACUUAAAUUGCUGAAUAUUGACCUGUUAAAUACAGAAUUGUUUCGAUAUCAGUGAUUACGUACCUCACUCAGAGAUGACUGUCUUGAUCAGGAUAUGAGUGUGUUUGAAGUGACACCUAACCAAAAACUAAAUCUGAUAUUUGAUACUAUUUUUAUUAAUAUUGGUAUGUUUUGUCUUGAACUUGACUCACUGUAAUCAAAGAAUAAAGACAUAAAACCUCA